GCUCCAGACUUCGGCAUUUCCUCCCGGCUUAGCUGGCGUGGCCUCGCCUCCCCUCGGAAGAGGAAGCUCCCGGGGUCUGAGUAACGGGAACAAGCGCGGAGGGGAGCGGCCUGAGAGCCAGGAGGGCCGCCCAGGGUAGGAGACGAGCCAGGCUGGGCCAGAAGCUGGCCGAGGGCGGUGCGCCGGGACUCCGGGCAGGGAGGGCGGCCCGGCCGGACGCAGAGCGCAGCCGGCGCAGGGCGCGGUCCGGGACCGGAGAGUGCAGGGCGGGCCGCAGCUGGAAGGAACACUUGAGCUGGAAGAGGAGGCCGAGCUGGAAGGCGGCUGCCCCCGGCCCUGCGAGGGGGAAGCCGCCACCGAGGCGAAGGAGACGGGGACAGAAGAGCUGCUUGCGCGCUGCGCGCAUGCUGGGCCUGGGGCGCCUCCGGGGCUCGCGCCCUGGGCUGCUCCACCACCGCGGCCCCGGGCGCCCGGUAUGUCGGUGCACUAUACGCUCAAUCUGCGCGUCUUCUGGCCCCUGGUGACCGGCCUAUGCACCGCCCUCGUGUGCCUCUACUACAUCCUGCGAGGAAGCGGGGACGCUCGGGCAGAGCCCCCCGACGGCGCGGACGGUGGCUUCCCGUUGCUCAAGGCGGCCGCCCUGCUCUUCCUCGGCUAUGUCCUCCUGCGCUGUCGCCAUGCAGUCCGGCAGCGCUUCCUGCCGGCUUCUCCCCGCUUGGGAGACCGCUCCACCUUCUCCCGGAGACCUUUCCAAGAGCCAGGACUCAGCAUCUUGCUGGAGAGUUACUACGAGCACGAGGUGCGCCUGUCUCCGCACGUGCUAGGGCACAGCAAGGCGCACGUGAGCCGGAUCGUAGGUGAGCUGGUGCGGGCUGGCCGCACCCGGGGGUCCUCAGGCCCCAUCCCAGGGGGAGCGCUGGCCUUGGCCUUCCGUGGAGACUUCAUCCAGGUGGGCAGCGCCUAUGAGCAGCAUAAAAUCCGCCGGCCCGACGGCUUCGACGUGCUGGUGCCACUGCGCCUCCCGCCGCUGGUGGCGCUGGAUCCACGGAGUCUGGGCGCGGAGCCAGAGUUGGCCCCGGCCUUCCGUAGCUGCUUCGUUUGUGCCCUCAAGGCUCCGCCCUCGCCAUCGCCCUCUGGGUCUUCAGGAGGCCACUGGCUUCGGGAAUGCAAACCCUUCUCUGAUGGUUUCUGCCUGGAUGUGCGCGGGCGGCGCCACCUCUCUGCCACUCUGGUGUUGCGCUGGUUCCAGUCACACUUGCAGCGCUCCCUGGCCACUGUGCGCUACAGCCUGGAGGGGCGCUGUCGGGUCAGCCUGACCCCCGGUGGCCUGGAGCAGCCCCCUACUUUACACAUCUUGCCCUGCCGAACGGACUACGGGUGCUGCCGCCUUUCUAUGGCGGUGCGUCUCAUCCCUGCAGUCCACGUGGGAGAUGGAGUCUUCCUUGUGGCACCACCACUGCCACCCUUACCCACUGGGCCCCUGUCGGAGCUCCCUGGGGGCCUGCGCAUGGAGGUACUGUGGGGUGUGAACACAGCGCGCCAGGAGCAGAGGCUGCUGAGCUGGCUGCAGGAACGGGCUCCUCCAGGUGCCUGCUACCUCAAGUGUUUGCAGUUGCUAAAGGCUCUGCGGGACCUGGGUGCCCGUGGGCUGGACUUAACUGCGGCCACCCAAUGGGGACGCAUCCUGUCCUCAUAUGUGCUCAAGACGGUGCUGCUGGCAGUGCUGUUGCGCAAGGGGGGCUCUCCACAAGGCUGGGACGAGGCACACCUAGGCGAGUGUUUGGAAGAGCUGGUGCAGUUCCUCAGGGACUGCCUGUUACGACGUCAAACGCUCUUCCAUUGUGUCCUGGGCCCUGGUGGGGCUGCUGCCGAGGUGGGCCCCCUUCCGAAGGUACUGCGUGAGGCCGCCCCAGUCGAUCUUCUGGCCUCUUUUGACAGGCACUCCCGGGAACUUGCGGCAGCGCGGUUGCUGUCCACGUGGCGAAGGUUACCCCAGCUUCUCCGGGCCUACGGGGGUCCCCGCUACCUUGCCAGGUGCCCUCCACCCCGGAGUCAGCGCACCCAGGGGUUCCCUGAAGAGGAACCGUAAACCCUGACAGCACCCACCUGGCCAAAUGCUCCUAAAACCUUUCCCACUGAGUGGGGGUGGGGAUGGCCAUGAAGCCAGUUAAAUGCAAGAUUGCAGAAGGUGUUAGAAAAUUUGGAGGAUGCCACAAGCUUUGGUGGCUCAAAUGUCACCACUCCUGACAAUCCUAAAUAGUUAAGGCAUGUUCUUCACAGCUACUAGUGUGUUCUGAGCAAGCAGUGGAAAGCUCUGGAAAGGCUCUGGGCAAGUUCUCCAAGUGCAGCCUCUAAGAGUUGGUCCAAAUGUUGGUUUGUGUGGAAUGAUUUUGUAGAAUAAUCUAGCUUUUAGUCUGGUCCAGUGGAGGAAACAAAAUCUAGCCACAGGAAAAGUUUCUUCUCUCAGUUUUUAGGUAUAGAUUUCUCCACCCAAA